AUGUGGAGCAGGAAGAUGAAUAAAGGCAAACAGGGAAGACAAGGAAAGCGGGACGACAAGGAACCUAGGAAGAUGAAGACAAAAACGGCACAACAAGGAAGAAUGAAAACAAAUAAAGUUAUGGUGAUUAGUGCCAGUUAUUUUCACAAGACCCGACGACCCGACGACCCGUACACGACGACCGAACGACCCGUACGACGACGAACGGCCGUACACGACGACCUAACCAGACGUAAUGCAGACGACCAGACAAACCCGUACACGACGACCGACAAGACGUGCGACGACCAGACACGCGACAGCGACCUGACGAGACUUCACGACGACCGACGAUACGUACACGACGACCUGACGAGACAUGCACGACGACCCGACGAGACGUACGACGACCGAACGACCCGUACACGACGACCCGACAGAGAAUGCGACGACCAAACAACCCGUACACGACGACCUGACAGAGACGUGCACGACGACCCGACGAGACACGACGACCGAACGACCCGUCACGACGACCCGACAGACGUACGACGACCGAACAACCCGUACAACCUGACGAGACCGUACACGACGGCCCGUACACGACGACCCGACAGAACGUACACGACGACCGAACAACCCGUACACGACAAUCCGACGAGACAUUAG